AUGACUGAGGGAAUGGAGGACCUCUCUGCAGGGCCAGUCCCCCCUCCCGGAUCGGCCUCCCCCACCGGCUCUACUGUUGAUACUGGACAAGUCCCUGAGGAGAAACCUGAGGAGACAGAGGCAGCUGGUGAGAGUGGGGAGGAGGGUGCUGAGGGAACUGCAGAGGGAGGUGGUGAUGGUGAUGGGGAGCAUUUGGGGGCUUUGGGAAUUGUGGCCUUGCCAGGGACCUGCUGUGUGUGCAUAGAGGUGGAACAGAUUAACAAUUGCCUGCACUCUGAGAAAAUCUGCAUUCUGCCUAUCCUGGCCUGUCUGCUUAGCUUAGCCCUCUGCACAGCUGGUCUUAAAUGGGUCUUUGUGGAUAAGAUCUUUGAGUAUGAACCACCCACUCACUUGGAUCCUAAACCCAUUGGACAGGACCCAAUUAUAAUAUCAGUUGACCCCACGCUGGGACUAACUGUGUCGAUUCCUCAUUCAUCUAAGUCUACUGUCUCCCUAACCACCGCCAUCGCCAUUACCCCAGGACGUCCCGAGGUUGUAGUGGAAGAGAAAUCUACACGAGGGCCGUACGUGCCCCAGACGCCACGAGUGACUCAGUCUGAUUCCUCUUUUACACUCCAAUACAACGCAGAGCGUCCCACCAUCUCAAAGCAGACUCCCCACCCUCAGUCAACAGAGGAAUCCAACGACAUCAUCAUCCCCACGAUCUCUGCCACCAGCACCACCAGUACAGCCAAGACCUCCAGUCAUGUGACACGCUGCAGUGACAGCCAGAAGAACUACUGUGUUAAUGGAGGAGAGUGCUUCACCCUUGAAAUCAUGCCAGGCAGCACAAAGUUUCUCUGCAGGUGUCCAAAUGAAUUUACUGGUGAUCGCUGCCAAAACUAUGUAAUGGCCAGCUUUUACAAACAUCUGGGGAUUGAAUUUAUGGAAGCUGAGGAGCUGUAUCAGAAACGUAUUUUAACAAUAUCAGGAAUCUGCAUUGCACUCCUAGUCGUUGGAAUCAUGUGUGUGGUUGCCUACUGCAAAACAAAGAAGCAGAGGAAGAAGCUCCAUGACCGUCUGAGGCAGAGCCUGAGGAAUAAGAGGAACCAUAGUACCAAAACUGGUACUGGCCCCAACCUGGCGAGCUCAGCCAGAGGACGUCAGAUUUCUAACUUGCCUCUUCAAGAUUUGCAGCUCAUCAAUCAAUGUAAUGGGAUUUCCCUGCAGCAUGCAGCUGAGAAGGAGACAGAGACCACCUUCUCCACAAGCAAAUAUGCCUUAUCUGCGCAUGAAGCCACAACACUCACACACAUCUCCAGCCAAAGGUUUGUAUCUGCUAUGACAACCCCAACUCAGCUGUCUCCAGUGUCCCAGACCUCUCCUGCGACUCCAGGGUCCCCUCCCUCAGAGAUGUCGGCCCCCCUGUCCAGCCUGGCCAUCUCUGUCCCCUCAGUGGCUCUGAGCCCCUCUGGGGAGGAGGAGCGCCCCCUGCUGUUGUCAAACAGGCGUCAGCCUCACAACCCCUCGAAACGGGACGACCAGAAGAGGACCUCCGCCCACUACAACUACGGUCACGUGGCUCACAGCUUACCACCCAGCCCACUGUUUACUACGAAGGAUGUUAACUACACAGGUAACCAUGACGACACAGCUGCCAGCCACGAGUUCUCAGCAUCACCUGAGCAGGUAAUCCACACAAACAACAACAUCAGUGACUGCAGCACCAAGAAGAGAGCAGCGGUCCCCAACGGUCACGUGCUGCGUCACGAGGAGCCCCUCCUCACCACAGACAGCACUGCGGCCCUGAAGCUCAGGGCUCUGGACAGCAGCAGGACUAACCCAGCAGCACCACACGAUGACAUGCGAGUCAGGUCAUUCAGCUCCACCCAACAACAUCCAGUUGCUGUGUAAAAGUCAAAGAAACGCUGAGAAUUCUUUAUGUUGAGGAGA